AUGCCACAGAAGAAAGAACCAAGGGGAGAUAUUCUUGAUUUUGGGUCACUUAUGCUUUUAGGAUCGCAUGAGGACAUAGCGGUUUGCAAUAGCUCUUGGGCUUCUUCCAGGCAGCAGGCGAGGCUCACUAGGCGUAGACGAGGCAGAGAAAUCGUGAGAGGAUCUUGGAGCGCGGCAACCAAGAUGAAGACAAGGUGUGCUAACAUAGUCACCUUUUCCUGGCGUUUUGAGUUCAAACGAUUAAGGUUAGGGCUAGACAGAAAUGGGAAGCGUGGUGAUGUGGGAGGCAGCGAGUCACAGGGGACAGCGAGCAUACCAGGAGGACAGGUUGUUGGCGAUCCCAGGAAAGGUGGGACUCUGAUGGCCGCUCUGUCCUCUGCAGUCUCAGAACUGGAGGCUGCCUUCAUUAAGGAAUCGGAAAAGCAUGGAAUUGUCGCCGGUACCACAGCUUGUGUUGCAGCUGUCACCAGCCACACCCUUGUGGUGUUGAACCUUGGAGACUCGAGGGCUAUCCUUUGUGGUAUGGAGCCUGCGGAUUGUGUAAGGCUGACGCGUGACCAUCAUCCGUACUGGGAGGACGAGAGGAACCGGAUCCAGGAAGCUGGUGGAAGCAUUCACAGCAACGGGAAGCUGUUUGGUGAGUUUGAGGUGUCGAGGGCUAUAGGUGAUCGUGAUCUCAAGGCGUUUGGAAUGAGCGCAGUGCCGGAACUCACAGUAUAUGACCUGAGGCAACACUGGCCAAGACCUCUUUACCUUUUGGUUGGAUCUGAUGGGAUUUUCGAAAAGCUGAGAUUUCAAGGUGUCUGUGAAGUCGUUGGCAAUGCAAUUAGGAAUGGAGCAUGCGAGGGGAUUCCUUCGAAAGUGAUAGACACAGCACUUCAGGCUGGGACAAAGGAUAAUCUCACUCUUGUAGCUGUCAAAUUAAUAUGA